GGAGUUUCCCCUCUCUCCUGUCCCCAGACCUGAGUUUGGGUCACAGCGGUUGGGUGUUGCCACUCUCCGGUCCUGGUCCCCUUCCCCAAACCAAAGCACGCACCUGCAAAUUUAAAGCAAGUUUUAAACAAAUUUAAAGUGAGAGAUCUUCCUUAGUCACCGAAACACUGCAAUGGAUCAGCACAAGUAUCGCACGGCGGGCGUCCAGGAGAAGCUGGAGAUCAUCGGGGUGGAGGACGAGGCCGGGAACCCCAUCAGUGCCCUGACCAUCCUGUCUCUGCUGGAGCGCGUGGCGGGAAUCAUCGACAACGUCCAGUCCGGCCAGCAGCGCAUGGAGGAGCGCCAGAUGGAGCUGGAGAACAACAUCAAGAUCAUCCAGGGUGACGUCCUGAAACUGGCCAAGGACCACACCGACACCAGCGGCACGGUGGAGAAGCUCCUGCAGAAGACCCGCAAGGUCAGCGCCAACGUCAAGGAGGUCCGGACGCGGGUCGAGAAACAAAACACUCGCGUCAAGAAGGUGGAAUCCACACAGGAUGAGCUGCUCACACGCAACAAGUUCCGCGUCGUUAUCUAUCAGGGUGAGACGGAGGUCCCAUCAGUGGCCGUCACUAAGUCAUCCAAAGGGUCUGGCCUGGACGGGCUGGAAAUCGAGCCUGACUCCUACGACGUCCCUGUCGACCUCUCCUCUGAUGAGGAGUACCUGAGCGUGGAGGAGGCCGACCCUUCGCGAGCCGCCCGCCUCAAGAAAUCAGUCGCAAAAGGCACGGAGAGCCUGAAGGCCGCCUUCUCCAAAGAGAACAUGAGCAAAACCAAAGAAAAUCUGGGUUCCAAGUUCCACAACCUGGGCGAGAAGGUGAUGCCGCCCGAGCGGAGGGACAAGAUGCACCAAGCCGGGGAGCGGCUGAAGCAGUCCGGCGAGCGGCUGAAGGAGAACAUCGCCAAGAAAGCUCCGACCAAAGAGUCCUUUCGCAUCAAGCUGAAGAAGGAGAGAGCCGUCGCCGAGGGCCAGGAGGGCGCAGAUGCCGAGGCUAACCCCGAGCUCCACGUCCAGGCCCAGGUCACGGAGCCGGCGGUGCUCCCGGGGGUCACCUACACUGAGGUCGCCAUGGAAACCAAGAGGGAGGGGCCCGUGGAGGAGGGCACCGCCACCCGGGUAGGGGAAGAAGAUUACAGGAAGUAGAUCAGAUGUCGGAUCAGACAUCGCUGGCAGGAAGAGGAGGCGGGACACUUGAGAAAGCUUGUAAUACCCAGGAUUUAGAAAGAAGUUCUGUGAUUGGUCGACAAGGAUGAUGGACAUGUUUAUUUGCAAGAUUGUAUUAAAACAAAAGACGUGAGAUGAGUAUCGGUACUGACACCAACAACUCAUCAGGAAAUAAAUCUAUUUUAGGGUGUUAAGUCAAGUAAAUUUUAUGUGUUGACAGUUUUUAACAAUUACAUAAUUUAAACAACUUGAAUGUGAGAAUCUUUAUUUCAAAUGUCUAAAGUCUAGAGUCAAAAUUUUAGAGGUUACAGGUUGUGAUUAGUGACCAGGAUCAAAGUGCAGGUGAGGUUUAUUUGCACAAGAUUGCUGGAAGGAACAGAAACGGUUGAUAAAACUUUGAAAAGGAAGAUGAAUGUUGACGUAGUUCGUGUGUGUUGAUCUGGAUGUACAUAUAAUGUUGUACAUACUGACAAAACUGGGAAGGUGAAAUUUGGUCCAUGCAGGCCUCAGCUGGUCUCUGAGGAUCCUGUCGAAAAAAUAAAAUGGAUUGAACAUC